CGCUUGGUGUAGCUGCUGCUCGCUUGAAUGUGGAUACAAAAAACUGCGAAAUCCAGGAGAGGGACAGCGCCCAGAAUAACUGUAAACCUCUGCUAACUGCGUGGAGCAUCGCGCUGGAAAUGAGAGUCCGGUCAUCUCCUCCGGGCUGUCGGACAUUAAAACAGAGGACAUGUCCUUCGGUUUGUUAAAGCCACAGUGCUAUGCUCAACUCCCCAAGCAUGCUACAGUAGUGACAAUCUCUCUCUACUCAGCAGCACUGUUUGAUCCUAGAGAAACGUGCCUUGUAAGGAAGCAGGAUGUUCACAGGCUCCACCAAACUGCCACCCACUAAAACCCCCCAGCCCGAGCGGCUGGAUGAAGUGUAUGCCGCCUUACGCAGAGGCUUACAGUCGUACCUGCAGGUCCACCAGCUGGAGCUGGACAGUCUGGGUCAGCAGAUCCGAGAAAACAAGAGGAACGGUCGUUUGGGUUCUUUGUAUGAGCAGGAUAAGCAAGUGAAAGCCAUAGAGAGGUUUAUGCGACGCCUCGAAUUUCAUCUCAGCAAGGUUGAGGAGCUGUACGAUGCUUAUUGUAUACAGCGGCGACUGCGUGAUGGAGCGAGUAAAAUGGUGGCGGCCUUCAACUCGGCCACUGGCAGCAGGGAGGCCAGAGAGAGCCUGAGUGAAGCCAACAAGGGCUACAGAGAAUGUACAGAGCACAUGUGCUCGCUUGAGAGUGAAUUAGAAAGCCAGAUGGGAGAAUUUCAUGUCAAAAUGAAGGGCCUCGCUGGCUUUGCACGGCUGUGUGCUGGUGACCAGUACGAGGUCCUAAUGCGUUACGGGCGACAACGCUGGAGGCUACGAGGCCGCGUGGAAGUCAGCAACAAGCAGAUAUGGGACAGUGAAGAGUAUAUCUUUUUGCCUCUCGUCACAGAACUGCUGUCAAUCAAGGUGACGGAGCUUAAGAGCCUGGCCAAUCAUGUGGUGGUGGGCAGCGUGUCCUGCGAAAUGCUCGACCUGUUCUGCCCUCUUCCCCAGACGCUUGCCGUGGAUAUCAACGAUCUCGGGACGGUGAAGCUGAACUUGGAGGUUACAUGGAGUCCAUUUGAUAAGGAUGACCAGACAUCAUCCACCAGUACAGUUUCCAAACGGCUGCUGUCCAAUCAGAGCCCUCCUGACACGCCCUCUAUGCGGGAGCAGGUGUUUUAUUCUCUGCUGAAGCGACAAGGAGAGAUGGAGAACGGGACAGUCUGGUCCAACUCCUCUGAAUCCUCCGAUGACUCCUCCAGUCCUGCGCUGGCUCACCACGCUCAGAGGCUGACGGCCUCCAACCUGCUGCAAACCACUCUCACCACUCCACUGUCGUUCACGCCGCACAAGUCCAGCGCAUCGACGCCGUCGCUCUCCUCCAACCAAGAGGAGGACGAGACAGAAGCCGGGGAGGUUUUCUCUCAGACAGAUGUGGUGGCAAACGGCCAUCUGCUUCAGACUUCCUGCUCUCACAGCCACACUGGUGAGAGUAGUCCAGACUGUACUGUGACUGAUAGGGCGUCUGUGCAAUCAGCUGACCUCUCUGAGACCUCGGCAGACCUGAGCUGCUCAUGCCCCGAUGUUUCCUCUGUACCUCCUGUGUCACUGAUGGAGGAACCGGAUUUGUGUGUGAGCACCGCCCCAAAAGUGUGUGUUUCAGCAGAGGAGGUAAAAGGUGACGCAUCUGAGGACUCGUCAGACCAGGCUAAAGCAGAAGCCGAGGACAGCACCACUGAAGCAGGACACCAGGGAAAGGAGACCCAUCAGUCCAUCCAGGAGCCAAUACAACUGGAGGGCACUCCGACGGUUCCUUUUCCCACUUCUUCUAGUUUCACUCAGGAAGUCGAGACAGCCCUUGAAAGUUUUGACUUUCUCAACUGCUCUGACCUUGAUGAAGACGACGAGGAGGAAAAGGAAGAUGAGCAACCAGAAGAUGAGCAACAACAAGAAGAUGAAGGAGAGAAGAAGGAGGAGGAUGACGGGCAGCAUGAAGAGAACCAAAACAAAAUGGAGGAAGAGAAAGUGGAAGAAGAAGACGAAGAGGAAAAAGAUGAAAAGAACUUUUACUCUGGAGGAAGCGAUGAGGAGGAGGCAGGCGGUCUAGAGAUCCUGAUGGAAGCUCCAGAAGGUUUUAGGAACUCUGAUGAAGAUCGUUUCUCUGAAUCACAGGAGUCAAGCGUGGAGGACCUGCAGGAUUUGGGUCAGAUAGAAAUGCCUGAGGAUCAGGAGGAGCACAGUGAGGAAAAGGGAGAUGAACCACAAGGAGAGGACACAUCACAUGGUCAGGAGGAGCGUCCCUCUACUCCCAGCGAUUUGGGCACUUCUGUCUUCUGAUGACACAGUGGAACCAUAGCUAAACCAUUUCUCCCACUCUGAUCACCAUCUCCCUCUUACUCUGCGGGAUUGGAGGCUUUGAGGAUGUUCCACUUACUGCUCAGACAAACAAGCUCUUCCAUCACGGUCGAGUUUGUGCACAUAUUUGCCUUGUUCUGACCAAGAACGAUUAACCUCAUGACUGAAAGUCCCCCCCUUUCAAAAAAAAACCCCUCCCCAUCCUUUUAACACACACUCCAUCGUCACGUUGACUGGGUUAAAGUGGGACACCGCUUCAUUUACACGUUCAUAAACUGCUCCUGUCAUAUGAAAAUUCAGUGUCCAACAUGUAAACAUUUCAGGAACAGCUAAAAGCGUCCUCGCUUUUGGCGUUAUUACAGUGCAUUUAUGAAGUAAUCUAAUCAUUUUGAAAAGGUUUUAUGAGUUCAAGUUGAUGGAUUUCUUCACUCAAAGAGGUAUACAAUCACUUACCAAGUUGCAUAGUAAGGUUUUGAAAACUAUCAGUAUUUGUGGAUAUGAAAAAACGUAUCAAGGUUAUGAAUUUCAGUGUUAAAUCAGUGUACAGCUCCGAGCUCUUUCACUGCUGGUAGGAGGUGGGAAAGACGUCAUGAGCAUGUGAUGUUUGUCUGAAGAUUCGUAUCACCGUGCUGUGGACAAGAAGUCAUUUCCAAAGUGGGAAUAUACCCUGAAAACCAACAUGAUCUUUCAUUUCAGUCACCAGAGACAGUUAAUGAGAACAUUAAGAAUUACACAUGGAGUGCAGAAGUUACAUUCAACCUUUAACGCAACACCAAGAACAGAAGAAGUAAUAUUAGGAAUGAAUAUAAACACUUGAAGGAUUGGAGUCAAACUCACCACGGUCCAGUUUUUUUUUUACAAACAUUAAAACAGUCUGCAGUGUAAAACUAUAUUUAAACCUGCAUGUGUAGCUGCCUCACACUGCCAGCAUGUCUGUAUAAAAAGCUCAACUGAUCAGUUUAAGUGUGUAAGCUAGGCUCCUGUGUAAGGAAGCCAUCGGGUCUGUAGCUGUGUUACAAAAGCCGCCUCACAGGGGCGCUAUAGUCUUUCAGCGUCAUGCUUUAUGUUGUUCUACAAAAAGCCUCGUCAUUCAGAAAGUGCCUCAAGUGACAGACAGAGAUAUAAGAUGUAAGGUUUGAAAUGCCAUGACCAGGAGAGAUCAGGCAACAGAUAAGUGUUUAUUUUCUGAAUUACUUCAAGAGUGUGCACAAUAAGAGAUAUUUACUGUUUCAUAUAAAGAAUUGUAUAUGUCUUGAAAUGUUAAAAUGUUUAUGUUCAGAAAUGUUUAAACUUUAUAAAGGUUUCUUUAAAACGAACGCGUCUGUUGUGGUGUUGAAUAAGCAUGUGUAAGCUGUAAUUACAGACUGCAGUAAACAACAAGAGCAAAAACAUUUCCAGAAGAAUGGUUUAUUUUUAAACAGCCCUUAAAUUGAAGAUGUAUUCUCCUGAGCAUGAAUGAAUGAUGUGUUUCUGGUGCUCUUUGGUUUUCAUACUGAAGAACUGAGUAUCAAAAAGGCACUUUUAGUAAGAAAUAUAUCAGUUUUAUUCAGGAAGUUAAACUAUACAUACAUACUGAAAUGAAAGCUUAAUCCACAUCCAUGUGUUGGCUCGUCUUAAAGAAACGUUCAGCAGUAGUAAGUUUGUGUCAAACAGGUAAAACAGAGCUAAAAAUGUGUAAUGGGUACAUUCAUUAAAAAACAUUUCAUGAAAAUAAUCUGUCAAAGUACUUAAAACCAGUUAAAGUUUACGAGAACAGUGUGACAAAUGUAACUUAAAGUGUAACUAUAUCCCAAAACCCAGAACUCUCCCAUUCACGUCGCCCCGUUGAAACUCUAAACCCCACAGUGCAACUUCUGAAAAAUCACAACAAUAUAAAUAAUUAAAACCAAGUGAGUGUUGUUUACACAUACCGGAACAACAGUCUGCUUUCAGUGCAAUAAAACAUCACAGCAUGAUUAAAAACAAACACCAAAACAUCUUCCAACUGUCUUCUAUUUGUUCCAUUUCUC